GAGUAUGUUUAUAAUUUGAUUCCCCAUUCCAUAGAUGUAUAAGAUACUUCCCUAUCCUCAUACUUGGAGUGCUUUUUGCUUUAGACAUAAAAAUAGAAAUAUAAACCUCACACAUUGCAAAUGCAUGAUUACACUAGAGGGAAUUUCCUACUUUCUCCCUGUUCUAUUAAAAUUUCUACCUAGAUUUGGUUACUUUUGUUCUCUUUUAGGAAAACUAUUAUAUAUUAUUUUCUUCUCAAACUCCUGACUCAAUGACAGGCAUGCUAGUUCCCUUUAUGCUACCCCAAAGAAUAAAUUUUUUUUUUUUUUUUUCCUUGGGUCUGACACAAGAUUUUUGGUUAAUGGGAUUCUAGCAUGUAAAGUAAGAAGUGGGUUCUGAUCUGAGGAUAAACUUGAACAAACUAAAACCCACUCUCACUUGGUUGUUUUCCUUCAAACUCUAUCAGUCACAGCAAGCAAGCUUCAGCUUUGGGGUGGGUCUCUGUUACUUGGUGAGUGAGAGUGAGUUAUUCUUUUCAUUGGGAAUGAGAGGAACAGAAGCUGCUAUCUAUUUUUGGGUUUUUCUCUGGUUUUGGACUUCUGCAAAUGGGAUUCUAAACCCCAAAGGAGUAAACUACGAAGUGCAAGCUUUAAUCGGUAUAAAAGAGUCUUUGGUGGAUCCUCAUGGUGUUCUUGAUAAUUGGGAUGGGACUUCUGUUGACCCUUGCAGCUGGACUAUGGUCACUUGUUCUCCUGAAAGUCUGGUUAUUGGCCUAGGAACUCCUAGCCAAAAUAUAUCCGGUACCCUCUCACCGAGCAUAGGAAAUUUAACAAAUCUUCAAAUUGUGCUUCUUCAGAACAAUAACAUUACAGGACCAAUCCCUCAGGAGCUUGGAAGGCUCUCAAAGCUUCACACGCUUGAUUUGUCUAAUAACUUUUUCACUGGAGAAAUUCCUGCUACUCUAGGUCACCUCAGAAGCCUGCAAUAUAUGAGGCUAAACAACAACAGUUUCUCUGAGGCAAUUCCGACGUCGUUGGCUAACAUGCCACAGCUAGAGUAUAUAGACCUGUCUUACAACAAUCUGAGCGGCCCCGUACCAAGAUUUCCUGCUAAAACAUUCAACAUUGUUGGAAAUCCUCUGAUCUGCCCAACAGGAUCAGAAGCAGAGUGCUAUGGAACUACACUGAUGCCAAUGUCCAUGAACUUGAAUAGUUCACAAUCUGAUCAACCUUCUGGCAAGCCUAAAAUCCACAAUGUAGCCCUUGCCUUUGGUACAAGCCUUGGCUGCCUGUGUCUGAUUGUACUUGGAUUUGGCUUCGUCUUAUGGUGGAGGCAUAGGCGCAAUAAACAGAAAUUCUUUGAUGUCAAAGACCGGCAUCAUGGGGACAUUUCCCUUGGAAACCUGACAAGAUUCCAGUUCAGGGAACUUCAGAUUGCAACAAACAACUUCAGCAGCAAGAACAUACUAGGAAAGGGUGGCUUUGGAAAUGUAUACAAAGGAACUCUCCAAGAUGGUAGUGUCGUGGCGGUCAAGAGGCUGAAAGAUGGCAGUGCACUUGGAGGUGAGAUUCAAUUCCAGACUGAAGUUGAGAUGAUCAGCCUGGCAGUGCACAGGAACCUUCUCAGACUAUAUGGCUUUUGCAUAACACCAACAGAAAGGCUUCUAGUUUACCCAUAUAUGUCCAAUGGCAGUGUUGCUUCCCGUCUCAAAGGAAAACCAGUCUUGGAUUGGGGCAUCAGGAAGAGAAUUGCUUUGGGAGCUGGAAGAGGACUGUUAUACCUUCAUGAACAAUGUGACCCGAAAAUAAUUCACAGGGAUGUGAAGGCUGCAAAUAUACUACUUGAUGACUACUAUGAAGCUGUGGUAGGAGAUUUUGGGUUGGCAAAGCUUUUGGAUCACCAAGAUUCACAUGUCACCACAGCUGUAAGGGGCACUGUGGGGCAUAUAGCCCCUGAGUAUCUCUCCACAGGCCAGUCCUCUGAGAAAACAGAUGUUUUUGGAUUUGGGAUUCUACUCCUUGAACUCAUUACAGGCCAAAGGGCACUGGAAUUUGGCAAGUCUGCAAACCAGAAAGGAGCAAUGCUUGAUUGGGUGAAGAAGAUUCAUCAGGAAAAGAAGCUUGAAAUUCUAGUAGACAAGGAUCUUAGAAACAAUUAUGAUCGGGUUGAGCUGGAGGAAAUGGUUAAAGUGGCUCUCUUGUGCACCCAGUAUCUUCCAGGCCACAGACCCAAGAUGUCUGAAGUGGUUCGGAUGCUUGAAGGUGAUGGACUUGUGGAACGUUGGGAAGCCUCUCAAAGAGUUGAAUCGACCAAAUGCAAACCCCAUGAGUUUUCAUCUUCAGACAGAUACUCUGAUCUCACAGAUGAUUCUUCAUUACUUGUCCAAGCAAUGGAGCUUUCUGGUCCUAGGUGAUUUUCUUCUCAAGAAAAGUUUUUUCUUCGUUUAAACCAAAUUGAGCAUGUCAUAUUCAAAGGAAUAAAUGAUAGUUGAAACCAUUGAGUUUUACAUGAAUAUUGAAAGUUUUUGGUGUAUAUUUGCAGUAUAUCAGAGUGCCCAAGGUUUUUUGAUGUUUGUAUUCCAAUUGUACAGAUUAUUAUUUGUGUAACUGACAUUUUCAGAUUCAUUAUAUACUAUAAUGGUAUUCAAAUUUGUUCUUGUA